AUGAACGACGCAGGGACAGUGCGGCAGCUGGUGCUGGACUAUCUGCUCCAUCAUGGGCAUACAGCUACGGCGAGCGCAUACAUGCGCGACAGACAAGGAUUGGGAGACGUGGCGCAUGCACAGCCUGUGUGCAAAGGCAAUAUGGAAGCGCGGCAGCAGGUGCGCGCAGCCAUCAUGGACGGCCGCAUCGAGGAGGCUGUGGCAUUGUGCGACGAUCAUUUCUCUGGUGUGCUACGCAGCAUGCCUGUAGAUACCCCCCCGUCGAUGGACCUGCACGAUGCAGCGCUGCGGGACGACGAGCGUGCCAUCCCAGCGCACGCGCUCUCGCUCGAUCCAUUUCACCUGUGGCUCAAUUUGCAUAUGCAGCACUACAUCGAGGUGGUGCGCGCACUGUAUGAUGAUUAUGCACGCGACGAGACUGCAGAGGAGAGCCCGCUUUUGAAAGCGGCGCUUGACGUGGUCCAAAUGCUGAACACGCAUGUACAGUACCUUGCGCUAUCGGAUCGCGAUGCAUAUGCAGCACGGCUUGAUCAGCUCGCUACUUUGCUUGCAUUUUCUGAUGCACAGCAUAUCCCACAGCCGGAGAUUUUCGACCCGCAGCGGCGCGCAGCACUCGCGGCCCAGGUGAAUGCUGCAUUGCUUGCGUACGAAGGUCUGCCGUCCGACGCCGUGCUUGCGAACCUUGUGCGUCAGGCGACGUAUGUGCUGUGCAAGCUGCAUGCCGACAAGAUCCCCAUUCCGCGCGACCAUGCACUGGUCACACUCGGCGAGUCUGCAGGGAUGGGGCAGUUUUUACCGGCACCAUUGCCGAGUUCGAGUGGGACGGCGCGGCGCGCGGCGACCUCGGCGCACACCGUCAUUGUUCCUCCUUGGCGGCAAGAACAGAUAUGGGAUGCUCCGUAG